GUCAAAACAUUUGCAGUUGCACUGGUUGCGCAAAGCCCAGCUGGGUUGCACAGGAAGGCUGGCCCGAAAAACGGACGACAAGACCAGCGCUGUCUUUCACGAGCUGGCACGACCAGGCUGUGGGCGCAAAAUCCGCGUGCGCUUUUAUUGUUGCUGUUAUUAUGUGCUGGCGCGCCACAGAGCUUCCCUGAGCUGGUCGUCUAUCGUCAGGGUCUCAGGGACAGCCCAUCUGCGGCCGGAGCUUCGCAGCGCCUUGACCAACUUGCCGGCUCACAGCCAUGGAUGGGACACUUUGGUAUUAUGAAUAGCAUAGACCUGACUGCGAAUACUCGGUACCUGAGAGUUAUCACGGUCGCUGGGCCAGAGCUCCGUCGCGACCGCAGCUGGUGUCCAAGCUGGGCCCACUUGAAUCCUUUGAGCUCAUUCUAGUGACCCAAGCACAGUCCGGGCCGUGCCCCACUUAGCCUAAGGAGAAAGCUUCCAGUCCUCGCCAACAGCCAACGCGAGCCUUUGGCGCAGCGGCAACAGCAGCUGUCGCACGCAAGGAGUGCUAGACUAGUAGUCUGGCUCAUGGGGGCUCCUAGUGCGUGAGCCUCACCACUUGCGCAGCGUCGCUGACCGGGGCACGCAUCAAUGGCGUCCGUCCUUCCCGUCAAAUGGGAGGAUGAAGCCCUCAAGAGGUUUUAUCGUGCGUAUCAUAAGCACGGGGCCGGUAACUGGAGCAAGGUUGCCAAGGAGACGAAAAUGGCCGCCGCGGAUUGCGAGGCGCUUGCGAAGCAGCACAUCGCCUUCCUCAGCUUGGCGCAAAGCCAGGCGUUUGAAGCGGCCUUUGUGACGGUCGUGACCGACCAUUACAACACGGUCCUGGGGAAGACGGGCGCCGCCGCCACAGGCGGUGACGCAGCGGCGCCCGCGCCGGCGGCGGACGGGGCUGAGGGCGAGCGGGAGCGGGAAGAGGGCACUCCUGCCGCGGCCACGCGGAGCGGGAGCAAGGUGGCCAAGCGGGAAGAGCCGGAGCCUGAGGUGCAGCCGCUCAGCAGCCAGAAACCCCGCCGCACACCGAAGCCCACGGCCGCGGUGCUGGCGGCGGAGGAGGAGAAGGCCAUCCGGCGUGCUGCCGCGGCGUCCAGCCAGGCCGCCACACCCAAAAGUGCCAAGAAGACGGGCGCGAAGCCGCCGCCCUCGCCGCCCGCCGCCGACUGGGCUGCCGGCACGGGCUCCUCCUCGGCGCGCAAGCGCAGCCGCAAGCUGUUUGAGGACAAGGACGACGGCGCGGGCGCGGGGGCGGACCUGCCGCGGUACCGCUCGCCGGUGGUGGACCGGUGGCGAGGCCGGCACAACACGGAUGUGGACGAGGGCGUGGACGCGCUGCUGUCGCUGGCGUCGGGCGCGCACCCCUCCGCCGCGCCGCUGGACGAGGGCCACCGCGCGCCCGGCCUGGAGGCGGGCUCCACCGCCGAGCCCGACCUGGAAGGCCUGCACCACCACCCGCACGCCGACCUGCAUGAGCACCUCGCCGUGGCGGGGCUGGGCGGCGCGCAGGGCGGCACGCCGCGCCGCGGCGGCGGCGGCGGUGGUGGAGGCCGCACAGGGCGGAGCGGCGCGGGCCGCGCCACGCCCACCGCCACGCCCACGGGCACGCCGGUGAAGGGCGGCCGCGGCGCCGCCGCCGCCGCGGAGAUGCUGCCCGUGGCGGCGGCCGCGACGGGGCUGCGCAGCCCUCGCGCACGGGGCGGGGCGGGCGGCGUGGGCUCGCCGCUGGCGGGCGGCCGCGGCGGCGGCAGCCUGGUGCCGGGGUCGGCCAGCAAGCGGCACUUGAUGUCGCCAACACGGGGCGGCGGCGGCGGCAACGCGCUGGCGGCCAUGGGCAUUGCGCUGGGUGAAGCGGAAUUGCCAGAUGAGGACGCGCAGUCGCCGGAGGAGGAUGCCGGCGUGGGGUCGGACGACGGAGUGGGCGGCGGCGGCGCGUCUCAGGAGGCACACGGGAUGGUGUCGGCAUCGGGGCGGCCGGUGCGCAGGCGCAAGCCCACCGCAAUCGCGCUGGCAGCGGCGGCGGCAGCGGAGGAGGACGAGGGCUUUGGGCGCAGCGGCCGGGGCAGCGUGGUGGCGGCGGUGGCGGCCGCCGUGGCGGCGGCGGGCGCGACGCAUGCGGAGACGACUGCGGCGGGGCUGCUGGCGGCAACAGUGCCGAUGCCAGACGGCAUGGGGGUGCCGGUGUUUGGCGGCGAGGGCGGCAGCGGCGGCGGCGGCAGCGGCUCGGGCGGCGCCAUGAACGGCCACGACCUGCUCUCCACGGAGGCGCUGCUGGCCAAGGUGCCGCCGGUCCGCACCCGCGGCCCGGCGCGAGGCGGCGCCGGCAGCGCCGGGCCCGGCAGCCGCCGCGCCGCGGAGCGGGUGUCGCCGGCCCCCGCCUUUGCCGGCGGCGCGGAGGAUGGCGGGGCUGAGGUGACGGAGGGCGGCGACGGCGAAGGCACGGAGGAGGGCGUGGGCUCGCAGGAGCCGCUGGAGGGCGCGGGCGGUGCCGCGCGCCCGGCUCGGACGACCUCGGGUGCGGCGGCCGCGGCCGCGCAGCAGGCGGCACUCCAGGAACAGGCGGCGGCAGCGGCGCUGCAGCAACAGGCGCUGGCGGAGGCGCUGGCGGCGCAGCAGCCGCCGCCGCGGCCGGCAAAGCCGUUGCCUGUGCGCGCCCGGCGGCGCAAGUCACUGCCGGAGAAGGCGCCACCGUUCUGGGAGGCGGCCAACGUGCUGCCGCCACGCCAGCAAGGUACCGAGGUUGCUCCGGCACUCGCACCCGCAGCAGCCGACGCUGGCGCGGCGCCUGCAGACGACGUGGCGGCGGCCACAGGCCCCAGCUCCACCACCACCACCACCACCACCACCACCACCACCAUCAUCACCACCAGCGCCACCGCCCCCACCAGCGGUGGCGCUCCGGCUCUGGAGCUGGCUCUGCGCCACUGCCUGACCAACAGCCGCGCCCGGCGCUGGGCCAUGUACGAGUUCCACUACAGCGCCCUGGACCGGCCCUGGUUCAUGCGCAACGAGCUCAUGGAGUUCUGCCAGCACAUGCAGCUGCCCACCACGCGGCUGUCGCGGCUGGAGUGGAGCGUGCUGCGCGGCGCACUGGGCCGGCCGCGGCGGCUGUCGGCGGCCUUCCUGCGCGAGGAACGCCUGAGGCUGGAGGGGUACAGGUCUCACGCACGGCUCAAGUACGAGGAGGUGGGCAUGGGCCUGGAGCUGCCGGCGGAGCUGCCGCGGCAGCUGCGGGUGGGGCAGGAGGUCACGGCGCGCCACCCCACCAGCCGCCUGCUGCACGACGGAGUCAUCCUCACAGCCAAGCACAACAAGUACAAGGUGUCGUUCCUGCGCUCCGAGCUGGGUGCCGAUGUGGUCCGCGACACCGACGUCAUGCCGCUGGACCCGCACGACUGCCUGCCGCUGGCCACACACCCGCCCCACCCGCAACUGCUCAACGGCCGCCCGCACGACCCGCUGCGCGCCGCCGCCGCGCGCGCCGCCGCCGGCAUGGGCGGCGCCGGCGGGCUGCUGGGCGGCCUGCUGGGCGGGCUGGGCAGCCCCACCAUGGGCGGUGGAGGAGGCGGAGGAGGCAGUGCUAGGGCGAUGGCGGGCCAGGCGGCGGCGGGCUCGGCGCCGCUGGGGCGGCCGCUGGGCUCGUGGACGCCGGGACUGGACAACCAGCUGAUGCGCGAGCAGGAGGCGGCUAUGGUGACGGAGGUGCAGCAGGCGCUGGAGGUGAAGGAGGGGCUGGUGGCCCGGCUGGCGCAGCUGAACAACGAGGCGGCCAUGGGCAUGCACAGCGACGAGGCGGGCGGCCGCACCGAGCACUUCCAGCUGCAGUACACCAGCGUGGUGCUGCAGCUCAAGGAGACGAACGCGGUGCUGGAGGCGGCGCUGGCGCGGCUGCAGGCGCGGCAGCAGCAGGUGGCGGGGGCCAACAGCGCCGGCGCGGUGCUGGCGCUGCAGCAGCAACAGCAGCAGCAGCAACAGCAGCAGGCAGUGGCGGCGGGGCUGCGCUCCGCCGCCGCAGCGGCGGCGGUGGCGGCGGCGCAGCCGCCGCAGCAGGCGCCUGCAGCGCUGCUGCAGCAGCUGCCCGAGUCAGGAGCGGAUGGGUACAAGGCCGCUGGGCAGGCGCAGCAGCAGCAGCACGAGCAGGGUGUGCCAGUGGUGGUGCCGCCACCUCGCAGCAGCACGGGGGCGGGCGGCAACGGCGCGCCGGCGUCCACGCCCUCGGCGGCGGCCGCAGCAGCUGCUGCAGCGGGCGGCGGCGGGGGCGGGUCCGCGUUUGCGCUGCCGGCCCAGCUGGGGCCGCUGUCCAUGUUGCUGGCGGGCACGUUCAUGACGGCGGAGCAGGUGGUGGAGGCGGCCAUGGAGGAGGCGCGGGCAGUGGUGGAGUCCUGCCGCAGCAGCAGCGGCAGCAAGCCCGCCGCCGCCGCCGGAGGGGAACCGGCAGUAGCAGCAGCAGCCGGGAGCGUGGCGGGCACCGUCAUUGCCGGCAGUGGCACUGUGCCGCUGGUGCUGCCCCCAGGCGGGGCGCCGGUAUCAACCGAGGGCGCAGACCAGCAGCAGCAGCUGCAGUUGAAGCUGGAGGCCGGGGGCGGCGCGCCACCGCAGCAGCCCGACGGCAGCGGCUCCCUGCCGGCGCAAGAGUCGCAGCCGGCACCGGCGCAGCCGGCACCGACACCGCCAGGCGCCGAGCCGGGCGCUGACCUCAGCCCCUCGCAACCUCAACCACAGCCGCCGCCGCACCCGGGGGGCGUGGAUGCUGAGGCCUGGCUGCGCGACGUGAUCACGGGCUGUGUGGGCGUGUUGUUCACGGUGCAGCGCUGCACCAGUGGCACCGUGCCCGCAGGCACCGCCGCAGAGGCGCUGGACCAGGCGGCGGCGGCGCUGCGGCUGCACAGCGGCGGCGACGGCCACAACGAGGCGCUGCUGCGGCAGGUGGUGGCGAGCGUGCAGGGGCUCAAGGGGCACCUGGCGCGGGCCAUGACCAGCUGAGGUGGUGGGCGGUGACGGGGGUGAGGGUUUUGUGUGGUUGGGUGAGGAGGUUUUGUGGUUGGGUGAGGCGGCUUUGGCUGGGGUUGAGGUUGGGGUAGAGGUGGAGGUGGAGGUGAGGGGCUGUCGCGGCUUGGUGGCACUGAUGGUGGGGUGCUGCGGUGUGCGGGCACUGCAGCAGACCGUCUGGCUGCGGGGAGGGAGGCGGCGAGACGCUGCGGGUGCUGUGAAGCGGGGGGCGCAGCUGCCUUCGUGUAUCGUGGUGUGCGUCUUUGUGUACCAAAUGUGUACGUGUUGAUUGUUAUGGGGGUACAACAGACGCAUGGGGUGUGCCCUUGACAUUAGAGCGCUCGUAGCAGCUCGGGCCGAUGGAGGCACGCGCAGAAGGUAGGGGCUGGGCUGCACUGCAAUGCACACCCCAGACCUGACUCUGCCCGUGCGCGCAUAAUAAAACUGCAUAUGUGUUCGAGCACGCUGCAAGGCGUUAUGGAGAACCGGACCUGACUAGGACGUGUGCGGAUGUAGUGAUGUUUAGGUCACAUAACAACGACUUGCGCGUACCGGUAAUGGCGAGUGGUGACGAGGGCGCGCCUCGGUGGUCGGACACUUGGAACUGCACGGACCUGGAUGAUGCGAGUCACGCGAGUCGGCUUUGCUAGAUGGCGUGUGCGCGUGUGUGUAUGCGACUACGAUGUUGGUGAUGACAGCAUCGACAAGCAGAGCAGAUCAGUUUGCGUGCCGUGACCAGCAGAUAUGCAUUCCACAGCGCGUGUAUGUGCGUAACACGUUGGCAAAUGGCAAAGAGGAGAGGAGUCGCUGUGUGUGCGUGUUUGAGUACAGGGGGAGGCUGUCGGGUACGGGGAAAAGCCGUGCUGUGUACACAGCCGAAAGUGUAAGGCAAAGCCAAUUGCCCCGCAUUACAGGUACCGACCGUGCUAAGGAAGAUUGGGUGCAGCAAUUAGCAAGACUAAGAGCAUGCAACAUUUAUAGACAUUC